AUGGAGCGGGUGUGCGCCGUCUUCGGGGGCUCGCGGGGCCUGGGGCAGGCGGUGGCCCAGGCCUUGGCCCUCAGGGGCUACCGCUUGGCCAUCGUGGCCAGGGAUGGCCACAGGGCCCAGGCCUCCGCCCGACAGCUGGCGGGAGAUCACCUGGCAUUUAGCUGUGAUGUUGCCAAAGAGCAAGAUGUCCAAAGAACAUUUGAAGAAAUAGAGACAAAAUUAGGCCGGGUUAAUUUCCUGGUUAAUGCUGCCGGCAUCAACAGGGAUGGCCUGUUGUUAAGAACCAAAACUGAGGACAUGGUGUCUCAGCUUCACACCAACCUCUUGGGAUCAAUGCUCACUUGCAAAGCAGCUGUGAGGAAUAUGAUUCAGCAGGAAGGAGGCUCGAUUGUUAAUAUAGGAAGUGUUGUUGGGCUAAAGGGCAAUUCUGGUCAGAGUGUAUACAGCGCCAGCAAAGGAGGAUUGGUCGGGUUCUCACGUUCUCUUGCCAAGGAGGUAGCAAGAAAGAAAAUUCGAGUGAAUGUUGUUGCCCCAGGGUUUGUCCAUACCGACAUGACUGCAGGCUUGAAAGAAGACCACAUAAAGAAGAAUAUUCCUCUCGGAAGGUUUGGGGAGCCUAUCGAAGUUGCAAAGGCUGUCGUCUUUCUUCUAGAAUCCCCCUACAUUACGGGACACGUUCUGGUUGUAGAUGGGGGAUUGCAACUUAUCAUGUGAAUGGCACAACACUCAAAUAGCUUGAGAGAGAGGAUGUUGUAUGAUAUGAAUUGAGGGAAUAAUAUCAUUGGGUAAAUAUUGUAGACUCCUCCCGACAUGCCUCGAUUGCACCUUUGUAACCAAAACUAUAAAAUGCAGCAAUCAAUUUAGUGGUCAUUCAUCUAUUCAGUUACCUUAGCCAGAAAUCUGGCUUCCAAUCCAAGUUGAUGUGUUGUCAUUCAUAAAGUAGUAAUAGGACGUCAGUUUUUCCAUCUCAAAAUUGACCAAUUAUAUAUUCCAGAUGGCCUCUUGAAUGAAUGAAUCAAUAUCAGUGCUAAUUGAGUGCCAAUUGUGUGCAGAGCACUGUACUA